GUCGUUUAAGGUGCUCGUCUCGUGUUUGCUCUCGAUUUAUUGCAUCGCUAAAACAAAUUAUUAGAACAUUCAAAAUGCAUUUCUUCAUGUCAGUUUUGACCGUCAUCAUUGGCGCCAGCUCAGCCCAAUUAAUUAUCUCACAACCACUUCCUUAUGCACGUUUAUCCAGUCACUCACCCAGCUCAUUAGCACAUCCAGAAGUCGUUGCCAACUCAAUUGCCGAAUCGCAAUACCCACCCGAAUAUUUGAACGAUCAAUACAAGAAUCCCCAUAUCGCUGCUGCCCUUGCCCGUGAAUCGCUGCCCACGAACAAAGAAAUGAUCGUAUUCGAACGUGCCGCUGACAAAAUCCCGCGCGAAAGAAUAUUCAAAAUUUUCAAGAAUGCUGGUUUCAUUUCACGGAGAUAAAUUUUUUGACCUGUUCCUAAGUUAACUUUUUAUUAUUAUUUUUUUUUUAUUUUUUUGUAAAAGCGAAAAAAUUUUAUUAUUUUUAUUUGAGUUCUGUGAACCGAUUUUUCUUAAAAUUUUCCCAAAAAUUACAAAUUUUCGA